UAUGCUUGUCCCGCUUCCAUCGCAUUACCAAGAAGAAAAAAUAACAUAUUACCAAGAAAACAUUUUCUCAGCAAGCAAUUAACCAACCAAUUACAGGUCCUCCAAAGAUGGCAAUGACUCCGAGCUUCUUCGGCAACCCAAGAAGCAGCAACUUCGAUCCUUUCUCCUCUUUCGACUUCUGGGAUCCAUUCAAAGACUUUCCAUCUUCAAUUGUCUCUCGUCAGAAUUCUGCUUUUGUUAACACGCGCAUAGACUGGAAGGAGACUCCAGAGGCUCACAUCUUCAAGGCUGAUCUUCCUGGGCUUAAAAAGGAGGAAGUGAAAGUAGAAAUUGAAGAUGACAGAGUUCUUCAAAUCAGCGGAGAGAGGAAUGUGGAGAAGGAAGACAAGAAUGACACCUGGCAUCGUGUGGAACGCAGCAGUGGCAAGUUCAUGAGAAGAUUUAGGCUGCCGGAGAAUGCAAAGAUGAAUCAGGUUAAAGCUUCUAUGGAGAACGGAGUUCUUACAGUGACUGUCCCUAAAGAGGAAGUCAAGAAAUCUGAAGUUAAGGCUAUUGAAAUUACUGGUUGAGAUACUGGUUCCUGUAAAUCAUAUAUAUAUAACUAAUUUUCCUGUUCCUGAACUGCUGUCUGCUUAAUUUUGUGUUUCACAGGUUAUGCUUGUUUAGUUUAUGUGUGGUACAGGGAGGUUGUAUUUUAAUGUAAUGUUUGCCCGUUGAACUAAUAAAAAUAGCAGCUGCUUUUCAGUGAUUCUGAUGUGAUUAAACAAACUACAAUUGAGACAAUGGAGCAAUACAGAGAAGCCUUCCACGCAUGGAAUUACAGAAAGCAUUGGCUAUUAGUUGUGCUUGAUUCAAAAUCCUGGAUUUAUUCCAACAAUAUGAGUAAAGGGUAGUAAAACAGAAUUCAGCUG